AUGUCUUCGGAACCGGCGACCGCGCCCGUUCUAUCUACCCCGGAUGAUCGUAUCCUCGAAGAAACGAACCCCGUCGCACCGGAAACGAACCGCAUUAUUUCGGAGGAGGAACUCGCCAUCACCUAUGACAUCGAACGCACAUUGAAGGAAAUUCGCCAGGCGCGGUACAAGCGGAUCGCGCUUCAGUUUCCAGAUGAGAUGCUCCCGGAUGCACCACGGGUGUUCCAACUUCUGAGUCGAGGAUUAGAGACACGAGAAAUUGCAGACGGAGGUUCAGCGCAGAAGGACGAAACGGGUAGUGAUGCUACGAACGGCUUAGCGGACACUGUGUCCCGCCUUGAUGUCAAAGACGCGGCUGAGUGGUCACCGAGGCUCUACAUCCUGGCUGAUACCUCGUACGGAACAUGCUGUGUGGAUGAGGUCGCGGCGGAACAUGUCGAUGCGGACGUUGUCGUGCACUACGGACGUUCAUGUCUAUCCCCGACAGCCAGACUUCCAGUGAUCUACGUCUUCACGCACAAGGAGUUGCCUCUCGACCCCGUCGUCAAGGCGUUCAAGGAGACCUACCCGGACCCAAACACGAAGGUGGUCCUCGCCGCCGACGUGACGUACUCAGACCAUGUUCUUGAAUUAUACUCGCGCCUGGUGCGAGAGGGCUACAGCAACUUGUUUGCCACAGCGUUGGUCCACGAUCCGUCGUCUCUCAUUCCUAACCGCACCGUUCCAGAUUCGGUCAAAGAGGCCCCGGAGUCGCUGGGAGACUGGCAGCUUUUCCACAUCUCUGAACCACCCACAGCGCUGCUUAUGACGCUGGCGUCUCGCGUGGCGGCGAUCCACAUCUAUCCGACUGACGGUCCAGCUGGCGCCGAUGUCAAGCCUCUACCCGCGUCGACCGCAAUGGCUCUGCGUCGACGCUAUGCUAUCCUAACACGGCUUAGCACGGUUCCCAUCUUCGGAAUCCUGGUCAACACACUGAGUGUAAAGAAUUACCUCCACAUCGUGGAUCAUGUUAGAGACAAGAUCGCAGCAGCAGGGAAGAAGAGCUACAUGUUUGUGGUUGGCAAGCUGAACGCGGCCAAGGUAGCCAACUUCAGCGAGAUCGGUGGCUGGGUCGUUAUCGGGUGCUGGGAGAGUUCGCUAGUCGACAGCAAGGACUUUUGGAAACCCGUCAUCACUCCGUUUGAGCUGGAGGUUGCACUCAAGGGAGACGACGAGCGGGUCUGGACAGGGGCCUGGCAGAGCGACUUCCAGAGCGUGCUUGACCAGCCUUCCGAAGGUUCCGAAGAGCCAGGGAAUGGCGAGGCGACAAACGAUGCACCCGCAUCCGCAUCCGCAUCCGGAGACCAAGGCGGGGACGAGGACGAGGACGAGGAUACUAUGUCGGAACCCGAAUCUGCACCACCAGAGUUCGACUUCCGGACCGGUCGGUACGUCUCCGACUCACGUCCGAUGCGGGAAUCCGCGCCCCGCGUUUCCGCAUCUCAAGGCGCAGCAGCAGCAAUCUCUGCGCCCGCGGGUGCGGCUGAUGGGCCAUCUGCUGCGCGAGCGCUCGCCAGGCGAGCAAAGGGCGACUUGGCCAUGGUUGGAAACACUUUCUCGCCAGGGGCGGAAUUCCUGCGAUCGCAGAGGACAUGGACAGGGUUGGGAAGCGACUUCAAUAGCGCGGCGAAUGUUGAAUAUGAUGGCGAGGGGGAGGACGACAGCACGCUUGUUGUGGAAGGGCGCAAGGGCAUUGCAAGGGGAUAUACGGUUGGGGAGUCAAUAGAUAGGCACUAG